GAGGGCUGUCGUCUCCCAAGUGAAGGACAAUGAGGCUAAGAAUUUCGGCACAACAUGACACAGCCUGUAGUGCUAGUUCACACAGUCAGUAGAACUGAUACAUUUCUGCAAAAUGUUUUGGUUUCAGCAAUGGAGCACGUUCGGGCAAAAAUGAGUUUUACUGGAAAUAUUCUGUCUGGUUCGUGACUCAUUUGUUUUUACAAACCUGUCACUCUUCACAACGCAAGUAAAUAAGCGGGCAAAGCUAGCAUGCCUUUACUAUAAAAUCUGUAGUUCUUAAUCUUCUGUAGCUCUAAAGAGUGUUCUCUGCUUUCACCUCCGUCAGCUCAGUUCGGGGUGCGACGAUGGUGAAAUGCUUUCUACCGCUAUAGUGGCACUCCUGUUUUGGAAACUCUUUGCUUUGGACUUUAAAUUUUGUUUAGAACAAAAGAUUGCAGAGGAAUUUUCAGUAUUUUGGAGGUUACAGAUGGAUCUUAAUGAUAUUCUUAUCACUGUUUGUGCCCAGCCAGACUUCUGGACCUCAUUACUUCUCGCACAACAGCUGCCAGUGACAAGAAUAAUUUUCACGCUUGGAAAUCAUCUUUACUUGACCUGUGAACAUUUACAUGCUGUUCUUCACUCUGAAAUAUUCCUAGCCUGAGUGAUAGAAUCAUCUCUCUUUUUAAUGCAUGAGUUUGCUCUACAGAUUUUUCUACUAAGUCUGCUACCGUAUGUGGAGCUUUUUGGUUAAUAAAAAUGUAGCCUAAUUAUAAUGUGUUUAUUGUCAAAAAUGAAGAGAGGCUGCCCUAACCAAACCAGAGAUACAGACAGGGAAGAAAAGAAGGAUAAACAAGAGAAUAAAUUGAUUUCCACUCUUUGUCUUAUUCUCCAGUAAAAGAGAAGACUAACUCAUUUUUCUUCUGUAAGUUGAGCUUAGAGCUUCUGUGAUUUGUUAGCAUUAAAGCCUGAAUCGCAGAACACUGUGGUCUCUGCAGGCCUCAGCACCCAUCCAGACAGAUAUUUACAUAACAUCAUUUAUUUCCAUUUAAAAUCAAUUAUAUUUAAUUAAAAAUCUAAGGAAUUUUAAAGUAGGACAUUACAAAAAUGACUAUUGACUUCCUAAAAUAAAAUGGAGUGUAAAAAUGAAGUUAUUUCAAAUAUUUUGUGCUCGUCAAUAAAGCAGGUCCCAAAAUAUUUGAUGACAGUGCAGAGUGCAUUUUUUAUCUGCAAAAAUAUAAGCGGGAUAUAUUACUUCGAAACUUUCUUUCUUGUCAGUUCUUGGGCUAUGUAAGUUUCUGAAUUGUCUUUAUGGUCAGUCAUUUGCACUGAUUAUUCCACUAAUCUAAUUUGAUUUUUAAAAUUAUAACCUGACGAUGGGUUUUUCUAAAUUCCAAGCUGUUAGCAAAAAAUGCUGUGGAUCUGUUUAGGUUCUAAGGUUGCUGUCUUACUUCUAAUCGCAUAUUUGGGUUUCAGAAUCUGAAAUUUUCAAAUCAUUUAGUUUGACAAGGAUGAUCUUAAAAAUUUGAAUCCAUGGAGUUUACAGAUAAUGUAAUCUGGAUCGUUGUGAAGAAUGUCAACUGGGCUUUCAGUUUGUUUCAGCAGAGCAAUGACUCUUGAAUCAUAGUGAUUCUCCCAGUGUUUUGUUUUCUUUAACGCUGUAGUGAAGUUGGAGAUUGCAAUGUCAUGAUGCAGUGAGUAAAGUACAUUUCAAAGCUAUCUAAGCAUUGGAUAGUGGGCACUUUUGGAUAGCCCUAAGUUCUUCCACCUGCAGACCUUACAUCCCGCAUGAACAUCUUGCAGGAUAUGUUCAUACAGAUUUUAUAAACCACUGAAAUGAUCUUUUGAUAACUUGAGGUGCAGAUGUCAAGUGGAUUUGGGUUUUUGUUAACUCACUGGACCAUACUGAAUAAAUGUUUUAGAUGUCAAAGUUGGAGUUGAAGAGGUCAUGCAACUGAGUGAAGAAAUAACAGCAAGUGACCCGUUGGUGAACUUUGAAUGAAAGGUUAGAGAUCACAGGAUUUUUUCUAGAUCAUUGUUACAAGCUUUUUUAUAUCAGGAUAACUUGUAACUGAGGAAAUAUUGUGUUCCUAUACGUAGUAUUUAUCCAUGGUGCACCAAAUUUCAUGUAGCUAAUUUAGUAAUGAUAUGGGAGUUGAUGGUCACUUAUUUUUAAGUGUUUUCUUUGUUCAGUGGAGAUAGUGGCUGUGAAAUUGUCCUUUACCAGCCUCUACAGGGCUCUUCAGCAUUGGCCUUGUUGUUCUCAUUUCCUAGUUCCUCUUGUAUUCUCCAGCACUGAAAAAAUAAGCUUGUAUAGAAGAGAGCCAGUUGCCUUUCAUUUAUUUAAGUUUCAUUUAUUGCCAGAGAAAAGAUCAAGACUACGUUACUGUACAGGAUGAAGCCACAAGGCUUAAAUUUUAAACAAGCACGAGUACUAUGCAUUUAAUGCCACUUUAUUUUUUUUGGACUACUUGAAUGAAAUGCAAGAAGUGGUGCAGGACCCCAAGGGGUUUUGUGUACUGUACAGUUUCUAAGAAAGCUUCCAAUCCAGGCCUCUGAAAGAAGAAAUCUAAUUAUAACUCUGUGCUACAUGCUAUCAGUCUGGGAAAACAAGAGCUUCAACUCAUCUUUAGCUGACACUGGGGACCAGCUUUUUCUCUGUACUGUACCUGAGCAAUAGGUUAUUAUGCUGAAUAUGAACGGUAAUUAAUUGUAUUGAAUUUGAAUCUGUACCUACCUUUAUUCAGUGGUGAUCUCUGAGUCACAGAUUGCUGAUUUUUGGAAUUGUCAUAUGGUUUCAUAAUCAAAGGAAAAAGGAAGGAAACAGGUAAAAAAUAUUUGGGGACAUACAACUUUCAUUAGUCAAUUAUGUAUUCAGUCUUUGGAAGAUUUGGACUUCCUUAUAGUUCUGCUCCACAGGCGUUCCAAGUGUACUAUGAAAAUAGAAUCUCUAAAGUUAAUGUGCUCUUACCAAUUAAAAAAAAUACCAAUAUUCUCUACCUGGAUUCCUUUUUCAAGUGAAAACUUUUGGUGGUCUCUGAAUUAAAUGAUGCUUUCCUGGCGCUGAAAUUUAAAGCUAUUUAAAACUAAGAGCAAGACUCUGAAAGUGAUAUUUAACCAAGUAAGCUGAACAUUAGUAUUUACAUAAUUUGGCAUCAAUGCUGUACUGAAACAGAGGACACAUCUGGAUGAUGAUGAGGAUAUGUACAAAGUUUGUGAGUUUCUGAAACUAGGAGUUUUUAAAUCACCGUAAUCUAGUCAAGAUGUGUAAGGUGUUGGCCUCCAGAUAACAAAUCCAUUUUUAUGUUUUCCUGAAGUUUACUACAUACGUAUCCGCCCUUUCACGUCACAGAUGUGAUUGUGGCAGUAGGUGGGAACAUGUGGGCCUGCUGACUUGUUGGUCUGCUGGUAGGUUUCCUUCUUCAUUUUUGGAAAGCUGGCAGCUUCUGAUAUAUUUGUAGUGAGCUUAUGAAAGACGAUAGUGUUAAAGCCAAAACUUUCGUAAAACCUUUUUUAAUUUGCAGGAAUUGACUCUUUGAGGUAGGCUCCCCAAAGAGAAUGCAGACAAGGAAAUCUCCCUAUCAGUCUGCCUGUCCGUCAGUGGCUGCCCUGCCCAAAAAUGAGUGCCUAUUCCUAAAGAGAAGAUUGGAAUUUGAGUUGAAAAUGAUGAGAGUAGUUUAGCCAGUGUGUAGAGAAUGAAAGUCUCACAGGAAAAGUGCUUUUUCACAUGACUUCAUACAAGUGGGUUUUGUGUUUGUUUUGUGCCAGCUCAGUCCUGAGUUUCAGCUAGUAGAUCAGAAUCCUCUUCAGACUCAUUGAAAUGGAAAUGUUUCUGCCCUCUGCUGUGGAAUGCAAAUUAUUUUAGGAAUGUUCCUGGGUCUUGAGGCUUUUUAAAACUCACACUUUAAAAACUUUUUUUAGCUUUUUAAAACUGAUUCUCAGAAACAAAACAAGCAUCCAGAAAGAUAAUUGGUUCCUUGAUCUUGACCCAGCAAAAUACAGAAGCAGAAGUGUAGGUUUAUCUUCCCAUGUACAAACAGUUCCCUGUAAGUCAGCGGCGGUUAGACAUGGGAAAUGCAAAAAUCCUUUUCUGGAUCAUGGUCAAAAAGCUGAGGACUUUGCAAAGCCAAAUGACACAGAAGCCCUCAGUAUGGAAGACUAGCACAAGAUACCAUUUGGUAUAAUGUGUUGGCACCUUUUGUUGCUAUGUCUGUUUAAAAACACUAUCAAAGACCCGUACUUGCUUCGUUGUCUGCUGUGUAUCUUUUGCUGACCAAAGUAGACCAGUAUCAAGUGAUAGAAGGUUAGGAAAAUGAUGAGAGACAGUGCCAUAUUUCAGAACAGGAAAAACUUGCUAAGGAACAAGGAGUGGAAUUUUUUGAUCUUUGUGUUUCUGGUUUCAGGACACAGGAUAUAAAGUGGGUUUGCUUUUAAUGAAAAUUCUGAUUUUUUUCUUUUUUUUUAAACUGAAAAUGGACUUGAGUAAGUUAGGCUCAUAUGUCGAACAUAUUUGAUGGUGCUACAUCUCAAUGUCAUCAUAACCAGGUUGGAAUAUCAAUUGGUUGGUGCAAGGAGUGGAAAGGUGGGACUUUUUUAAUGUAUUCUGUUGACAUUUAACACUUGGUGUAACUUUUGCAAAUAAUAGCCAACUGAUGAAAAAGUUAUCAAAGUCAAUAGCAUGUUUCAUUGCUCAGUCUCAUGAAGUCACUGGAUGCUGACAGUGCUCUUGGUUGCUUUUCAUUAAAGAAACCAUAUCCUUGAGUGUGUUAUUCUUUGCCCACUGUCUUCUUAAGAUUUUGCUCACCGUUCUUUUACCUCUGCUUAGUCCUUUGUAAAAGACAGAUGCUCCAUAUAGAGCUCCUGAUUUUCAUUAUUUUUUACAUUCACAAAUAAGACUUCCAUAUGAAGUACUUCUGCAGUACCCAUGAGCCAGAUUUCUAGAGCUGGGACGCAAGUGUUUGUGUGUUGCUCAAGCGCUUAAUCAGGAGAGGGCUGUACAGCACGUUCUUCAGAGUAUCUGAAUUGCAGCAGCAUCUCCUUUUCAUCUGCAUGAGGAAGUGGACAGAUGACUUAACAGCAUCAGGAGAAGAGCCUUACAGCAACUGAUGAACUAAUGGCAUGCGGCAUGAUGCUGAGGUUUCCUUUGCCUGAUCUGUAAACAUGUCCGCAGACCUGCUAUGGUGUGAGGACUGCGGUAAAAGCCUAAUAGGAGAAUGCAAACUCCAUGGACCACUCAUCAGAGCUAAAGACAGGGUUAUUCCUAGCCGAGCCCGUCUCACCCUACCUCAUUACCUUACUUUGCGAGUGUUGGAGCUGCGAGCUGGAAACCAGCAGAUCCUUGGAGUAUUUGCAAAGAAAGUAAUACAGAAGAGAACACAGUUUGGUCCUUAUGUUGGUCAACUGUCUACGAGAUUGACCUGCUACGAUGAGAGUAGGCUAGUUCUGCAGGUGCUGAAAGAUGGAGGGAAGUACUUUCUGGACACUCCCAAUGAAGACUGUGGAAACUGGAUGAUGUUUGUUCGGCUAGCCCGGAACCAAGAAGAACAGACCCUUGUGGCUUAUCAGCACUGUGGAGAAGUCUACUUUACAACUGUUAAGCCAAUUGAGCCCCACACGGAAUUGAAAGUAUGGUAUGCUGCAGAUUAUGCCAAAUUUAUGGAAACUUCUGCAGUCUUCAUUAAAGAAGAAUCUGAUGUCAGUCCUUUGCCUGUAGUAGCAAAAGAGCCUGUAGACCCUUGGAUAUGCUCCAGCUGUAGAAGUACUUUUGCAACUUUUGCUCUGCUGGAAUCUCACCAGUGCAUCAAUAAAGACCGAGUCCUUACCACCAGGCUCAGACCACCAAAUAAAUUAGGAUCCUUAAAAGCAAAAAGCAAAUUCAAAGGGAAACUGAGAGGAUCGGCAUUAGGCAAAAGCAUUGCUCAGUGCUAUGGGACCAUUUCCUGUUCCUCUGCUGCGAAGCUUAGCUGUGCCAGCUCAGGAAACACUUGUGAUGCUCUUGUGAGGUUUAUACCUAAAUGGAGAAAUGGCCGGUCUUCACUGUUGAAGGGAAGAGAAGUGAAGCAGCCAGACAGUUACCCUUGCCGACUCUGUGGGAAGAUAUUUGAUUCCAUUGAAAAGCUCACAGUCCACACUUAUGUGCACAAAGCGGAGCGCCCCUACAAGUGUUCGCAGCACGGAUGCACAAAAGCCUUCAUUUCCAAAUAUAAACUGCUCAGGCACUCAGCUACUCACUCUCCACAGAAAUCUCACCAGUGUGGCUAUUGUGAAAAGACGUUUCAUCGGAAAGACCAUCUAAAGAAUCACCUUCAGACUCAUGACCCAAACAAGAUGGCCUUCAAGUGUGAAGAGUGUGGCAAAAAGUACAACACCAAGCUAGGUUAUAAGAGACACUUGGCUCUUCAUUCAGCCACCAGUGGGGACCUUACCUGUAGGGUAUGUGCUCAGGAGUUCGGUGGUACUGAAGCUUUGUUGGAACACCUCAAAAGUCAUGCAGGGAAACCAACUGGCAAUACCAAGGAAAAGAAACAUAAGUGUGACCAUUGUGAGCGUCACUUCUAUACCCGUAAAGAUGUGCGGCGUCACAUGGUGGUUCACACAGGUUGCAAAGACUUUCUAUGCCAGUUCUGUGCCCAAAGGUUUGGGCGGAAGGACCACUUGACUCGUCAUACAAGGAAGACUCAUCCACAAGAACUGCUCAAGAGCAGGUUGCAGAAUGGUGACUCAGUAGGUCUCCUUGACCAGCUUUUUCCAUUCAGACUGAAGGAAGAUGCUGGCGUAUUGUCCCCUUUUCCUGAAAGGGUCUCGGUGCAGAAUGGAAUUUUGAAUAAUUCAGAACCAAAGGAAUACAACUGUUCACACCUUCAUCCCCAGCCAAGCCUACAAACUGCUCUGCCUAUUGAACCUCCUCCUCUUUUGCAAAGAAUGGGCUGUGCAGAUAGCCUUACAGGUGUCCAUCCCACACCGUGCUCAACAGCCAUCCCUGCCAACCUGAACCUUCAUCAGUCUAAUAAAUAUGACCUUAGCUCUACCUCAUUUGCAGCAGGCUCCCUCAAGAAUCUUCCGAUCAAAGUGGAUGUUAAAGGUUACAAUGUCCAUCUUCUAGAGGACCUGCCAUUACCAGAACCUCAGUCUCUCCACAAAAUCUGUCUGGAAGAAGCUUCCUCAGGGCCCGUAGGUGAUACUAACAAGUACCCAGUGCACAAGGAGUCAGAGACAGCAGCUGAAACUACCAGCAUGCCUUUCAUGGAUCUCACUCAUGUGAUGAGUUUCUGGCAACUCCCACCAGGUGACAACCAGAACACUGCUGGGGAUAUCACAAUGGCAUUUGGUCCAGAGGAGCCAUCACAGAGGCUGAAUGGCCUCAGCCAACAGCAAGGUCUACAGCUUGCAACUGGUGGCAUGGCCAUAAACCAGCUGCAUCAUCUUCCUCGCUCCUUUCCAUCCACUACAAAUUCUGUAACAUUGCCUCAUUUUCAUCAUGCCUUCAAAUAACUAUGAUUUUUGUUAAAAAACAAAACAAAACAAAAAAAAACUGUGCUUCUUACUUAAAUCUGUUAGGAAGGGUAUUUUUUGUUUUUCUUCUUUUCUGUUUCAAGAAAAACUGUCCCAAUUUUUUUUUUAAGCAUGUUAUGGACAUGGUAGCUCAAUUCAAAAUGUUAAUAAACAAGAAGCUCUAUUUUUCAUACUAUUAAUAAUUUUUAGCAUAUGACAGUAGUAGGACUAACAUAUUUCCCUCAAUACCCUUGAUAUUUUUGUUUCUUAUCUUUUAAACAAACAGCUGAAUUAAUGUCUUCAACAAUACUAAAGCCUCGUAAUAGGCACAAUGAAACUAUGUUUGCCACAGCAGGAGAAAUAGGGUUAGGGUGAAUGGGAAGAAGGGGGAAAAAACAGAAAUAUAAUUUUAAUGAGCCAUAAAUCACAGGAGACGUAUACACAUGGCAAACUUAAGGUGAACAAUCUAUCAGUGUGAUACAGAUUUCUUCUAAGCAUUUACUUAAUCACCAAAUUUUAUGAAUCUUUAAAUCAAAAUAAUUCCAAGAAUAAAUCUUAUCUUCUUGUUUCACUCUUUUAAAACAAAGAAAAUCACUGUUGUGAUUACAUCUAA